CCGCACUGCAGCCUGACAGAUCUGGUGUCCGAGGCUACAGCACCCAGCAUGCACCGCGACAAUUGCGUCAUUUCACAACAAAGAUGGCGUCCAUGCAGAAACGCCUACAGAAGGAGCUACUGGCCCUACAGAAGGACCCCCCACCUGGGGUCAGGGUGGAUGAAGCAAGUGUCACCAAAUCUCUCAGCACGUGGCAAGUAGACAUGGAUGGGGCACCAGGCACGCUGUUUGAGGGAGAAAAGUUUCAGCUUCUUUUUAAGUUUGGUCCGAGAUAUCCUUUUGACUCCCCACAGGUUGUGUUUACAGGUCCAAACAUCCCGGUCCACCCCCACGUGUACAGUAACGGACACAUCUGUCUGUCCAUCCUGACAGAGGACUGGUCUCCUGCUCUCUCGGUCCAGUCUGUCUGCCUGUCAAUCAUUAGCAUGCUUAGCAGUUGUAAGGAAAAGAAACGACCACCAGACAACAACUUUUAUGUGCGAACAUGUAGCAAAAAUCCUAAGAAGACAAAAUGGUGGUAUCAUGAUGACUCUGUAUGAUGUUGCUUCCUGCCAAGUUCUCCAACCAGAGAACUUGUCACCUCAAGUGCAUUACCCAGUGUGCACCUCUCGUCUCAAUGCUGCACUAGUUCUGUACACUCAGUGUGAAAGAGGGAGAAGAAAUUAUUUCAAGAAAAACCUCAAGAGAUUGCACCUAGUAAACUGAGGAAGCUAUGAUCUCUCAUGUUUUGUACAUGUAUAUAUCAUAUUGUUUUUUUAGUUGUAGAUACAAUGAAGGACAACAUAUUGUUUACUUCAUGCCAUUGCUAGUUCUCAGUCUCAUCAAGGUGUUUUGUUAUGAUGUUUAGGUGACUUUUUUCAUUUUGUUCUGUUUCUUCAUUGUUACAAUGUCUUGAAUCUUUAUGGUUAGUGGUUGGUAGAUUGACAGGAAACCAACUGACCUAAUGAAAAUAAAGGUUCAUUAUAUUCCUCCCACCACUAGGAUGAGAUAUUAUUGAAGGAUGCUUUGACAAUUCAUAGCAUACAUUUUUGGCAAUUAAGGCCAUGUAGUGGAAGAAAUAAAAGAGGUAUGUUUAAAAUAUGUGCUCUGCUGCUCAAGUGCAAAAUCAAAUCUGUAAAUUGAUAAAGCUUUGAUAUAAAAGAUGACAAAAAUAGAGUAUCUAAAUAUGGUAUUAAAUAAAUAAUCAGUCCACAACCCUUUCCAUCUGAUUUUUAUCUUUGCAUAUCAUGUGAAAAUAAACACUAUUUUUUGUUACAGUAGAAAACUUGAAACAGUUCUUUUUUUUUGGAGGGGGGGGUGUGUUCAGUUCUGUCGGGUUUUAAUAGAAAUUUCAUACAAAUAAUUACCCAGUACUGAUAGGGUGUAUUUCCUUUUUUGGAGGGAUGGGGGGAUUUUAGACCGUCAAAUCAGCUAUACAUGUUUUUCCUAGAACAUUCAAAUGUUGGAUGUGGUUGGCCAGUUAUUCUAGUUACAUUAACUGAUAAGGGACUUUAGUUUGUCUCUUCUGUGAUUUACUUGAGAAAAUAUGAGACUCAGUGUAAUCUCACUUCUAUAAAAGGUUGUCUAUUGUAGCUAUAUUGUAGCUAUAUUAUACCUUACAAUAUUUACGGAUUUUGGGAUUGUUAAACUAAAGGUGAUAUUUUAACUAAUGCCUACUUACAGAGAAAGAAUGUAAAUGCUUUUAAAUCUGGAAACAUUCUCGUGAGUGAGUUCCAGCUACAUGUAGAUUUGGGGUGGUGUGGUGGGGAGGGGGUCUGUCUCACCAGGUACGAAAAAUGUAUAUGGCAAGGAGUAGGGAUCAGUAGUACUGUGUAAAGGAAACACGAAACCAUGUUCUCAACUCCACAGUCAUCUACAUGUAUAAAGCACACAACUUUUGCCAUCUUGAAAUAGAAACAUUAUAGAGUUUUCUGUUGGAACGUCUAUACAUAUGGCAGGAACAAAAUGUUCAAAGACAUACAUGUACAUGUAUACUGUCAGAUCAGACAAUCUUGUUGCUCAUGCCUCCCUUUGAUCUUCCUCAAUGUACGUACAUGUACAUGUAGUCGCCUGGUGGCCGCCCCGGCUUGUAAUCACAGCGUCACAACCUUCUAGACAUUUUUCAGGUUAAAACUUUACUGUGCCCAACAGGUACCACAUUGUGGAAUUGUUCUGAAAAGACUAAAGAGAAGAUCUUAUGUACAGGAA